UGACGGGUAAAAGAAGCCAGACGACAACAAGAAGCACACGCGACAUCACAGACAGCGGGAAGCUUGUCUCAUUGUGAUAAAAGAUUGACUGAAGCUCUACCAUGCCUGUGGCCUCCACCAGGACAGAGCCUGUGCCCCAGGUGUUGGACGCAAUGAGCGACAGCACCAACAGCUCCACCACGGCCAAUGACCUGGACCUCAUCUACCUCAAAGGCAUCAUGGAGAGCCCUCUGGAGCAAGAGGAGAGCCUGAAGGAGCCACGUCCGUCACCAGUGAGGGAGAACAAUGUGGAGCUCCUGCAGGAGAUCCUCAGAGACCUGGACCCCUUCACACAUCACUCUGACACUGCAGCUGAGCUCACCCGCAUUCUCACACAGCCACACUUCCAGUCUCUACUGGAGACUCAUGAUUCAGUGGCAUCCCAGGCAUGUGAUAGCCCACCCCCCAGCCCAUGUGAUUUUGUGGAUCAUGAGCAGGAGGACAGCCACACGAACAACCUGCACCUGCCACCUGAUGCAAUUCGCAUGGUGGGCAUACGCAAAGUGGCGGGGGAGCACCUGGGUGUGACGUUCAAGGUGGAGGGUGGUGAGCUGAUAAUAGCCCGCAUCCUCCAUGGAGGGAUGAUCGAUCAGCAAGGACUGCUGCAUGUUGGAGAUAUCAUCAAAGAGGUGAAUGGACGAGAGGUGGGCCAGGAUGCCAGGGUGCUACAGGAGGAGCUGCAAGCAGCCAGUGGAAGUGUAGUUUUGAAGAUAUUGCCCAGCUACCAUGAAGCCAUACCACCAAGACAGGUGUUCUUUAAGUGUCACUAUAGCUACGACCCAGCCAACGACAACCUGAUUCCCUGUAAGGAGGCAGGCUUAAGGUUUGAGACAGGAGACAUCCUGCAGAUAGUCAACCAGGAUGACAUUAACUGGUGGCAGGCUCGUCAUGUGGAAGGUGGUAGUGCAGGGCUGAUCCCCAGUCAGUUGCUGGAGGAGAAGAGAAAAGCAUUCGUCAAGAGAGAUGUGGAACUGGCACCAGCAGGGAAUCUUUGUACUGGUGUUGGAGGGAAGAAGAAGAAGAAAAUGAUGUAUGUGACCACAAAAAAUGCAGAGUUUGACAGACAUGAGAUAUUGCUCUAUGAAGAGGUAGCCAAGGUUCCGCCUUUCAAGAGGAAAACUCUGAUUUUAAUUGGUGCACAAGGUGUGGGGCGGCGGAGACUGAAGAACAAACUUCUACUGAGGGAUCCUUUACUCUUUGGCACCACCAUUCCAUACACCUCCAGAAAGCCCAAAAAAGAAGAUCGCGAGAAUCGAAUGUACGCCUUCACCAGCCGCAGCAAGAUGGAGACUGAUAUCAAGAACGGGCGCUACCUUGAACAUGGAGAGUACGAUGGCAACCUGUAUGGAAUCAAGAUCGACUCCAUACAUGAGGUGGUGGAGGCAGGACGCGUCUGCAUACUGGAUGCUAACCCUCAGUCUCUCAAGGUACUGAGGACCUCAGAGUUCUUGCCCUAUGUGGUGUUCCUUCAGUCUCCAGAGUUCGAGGUGCUCAAGGCCAUGAACCACUCAGCUGUAGAGGCAGGGGUGGUUCCUAAGACACUGACGGAUGAAGAGCUGCAAAGGACAUGCGAUGAGAGUACCAAAAUCCAGGCGGCCUACGAUCAUUACUUUGACCUCAGCAUAAUUAACGACAACCUGGACGAGACCUACCGCACUGUCAAGGCCGCCCUGGAAACGGUUUCUAAAAACCCCCAGUGGGUUCCUGUUACCUGGGUUUUCUAGAAAGAAUCGGGG